AUGGGCAUAGAAUCUAUAUUGGUGGUCAUUGGAAAGGCCUCUCUUACUACAGUUGCUGCUGGAAUCGCUACGUAUGUCGUCUUGAGACUCGUUUACAAUGAUCGUGGUGUCUUUGCUCCUCCCGUACGCAAGGACUUGGCAAUUGCUGCUGGAGCAAUCCCUCUUCUUGGCCACACCUAUACCUCAAGACAGAAUAUGAAUUGGCGACUUGAUCGCAGCCUCGAAAACUCGAAACAAUACGGCCCAGUAUUUCAGCUGACUGUACCAAACAUUCGCAUCGUCGUCACUACUGAUGUUGAUGACCUCGCCCAUAUUAUGGGAGAUCCUUACAAUUAUCGGAAAGGAAUUAAGCCGUCCGACUACAAGCUUCUCGAAGAUUUGCUAGGUCACGGAAUCUUUAACAGCGACGGUGCUGAAUGGCGCUCACAAAGGAAAAUCGCUGCAAAUAUCUUCAAUGUCAAGAACUUUGUCGGACUUUUUGCUGAUGCAUUUUCUGAAGAAGCCAGGUUGAUCUGUAUGCAUCUCGACAAGGCUGCUUCCAAGGGACUCAUUGUGGAAAUGCAAGAUCUUUUAUUGCGUUCGACGCUAAAUUCAUUUGUGAAGAUUUCGAUGGGAGUAUCUAUUGGCGCACUCGAAGUGGAAGCCAGAGAUGUGAAUGGAGUCUAUACACUUCCUGACGUCGAUUUCAUGCAAAGCUUUGAUGGUUGUGCUGCUAUCAUUGCUCGGAGAGGUCCGUGGUGGCGUUAUGUCGAACCAUACACUGAAAGUGGGAAGAAGAUGAAGAAAUACGCACAAGUCAUGAAUGACUUUGCAAGUCGUAUCGUUCAAGAAAAGCGUGCAAAAAUUGAGGCCGGCAAAACGUUGCCUAAUAAGGACUUGCUUGACUUGUUUAUGCAAAAUGGCAAUGAGGACGGAAGUGAACUAUCCACUUCUCAAUUGCGCGACAUUGUUAUGAACUUCAUCAUUGCAGGCAGGGAUACAACCAGCCAAACGCUUUCAUGGUGCUUAUGGAACGUAUCAACACGGCCCGACGUUGAAAAGCAAAUGUAUGACGAGAUCAUCAGCGUUGUUGGUCAAACCCAAGACAUUUCUUACGAGCACUGCAAGUCUAUGAAAUAUGUGACAGCAGUGUUUAAUGAAACGCUUCGCCUGUACCCAAAUGUGCCUGCGGCCACAAAGCGUGUAGUGAAAGAUGACAUUUUGCCUGGCACCCAUACAAAGGUGUACGCUGGUGAAGUCGUUUCGUGGUCCAGCUAUGUUCGAGGAAGAUUAGAGAGCAUUUGGGGGCCAGACGCUUCAGAUUUCAAACCUUCGAGAUGGAUAAUGGAAGAUGGAUCUCUGAUGAAGCCUUCUGCAGCCAAGUGGCCCGCCUUCAAUCUCGGACCUAGAAUCUGCUUGGGAAUGGGCUUGGCUACGCAAGAGGGGAUUUGCUUUCUUGCAACAAUUCUGCGUCGAUACCACCUCGAGUUGGUAAACGACGAUGAACCACGUCAUUGGGGCGAUCCUAAAGGGAAGCGGGGAAGAUACGGCCUCUCGUUAACCCUGUCUAUGCGAGGUGGUGUUGAAUUCAAGAUUCAUCCUCGCAAGAAUGGCUUCCAGUACUAG